GGGCGCCGGCAGCGAUGGCCGAGUCGGAUGGAAGCGGCGAUUUCUUCUCCCCGCGGGGCUCCGGCUCCGCCCGCAGCCGCCUCUCGCUGCCGUCCGCCUCUCGCAACGGCUCCGUCUCGCAGCGCAGGCAGCGGCGGCUCUCGGGCGGCCUGGGCCGCCCGCCGGCCUCCGAGAAAGGGGACGAGGAGGAUGAAGAGGAAGAGGAGGACGAGGACGACGGAGAGGAGCCGGAGUCCGAGAGGCCGCGGCCGCCGGGGAGCUCCGAAGGCGGCGGCGACGAGCGCCACAGGAGGCUGAUCCGCAACCAAUACCGGGAGCUCAUCUGCAGCGUGCAGCAAAAUCGUGAGGAUAUGCUGAGUUCCAAGAGCAACAGGCUGACAGAAGCUUUGGAGGAAGCCAAUCAGCUAUUCAGUGGAGUUUCCCGUGCACGAGAAGCUGCUCUGGAUGCCCAAUUUCUUGUCUUGGCAUCAAAUCUAGGGAAGGAGAAAGCCAAUGAGUUGCGCUCAGAGAUCACAACGUUUGAUUCACUAACAUUUGCAGAAGAUCUGCUGACAUUCAUGGGUAUAAAUCGCACAGAAACAGAGGGAAAUGAUAGUGAUUCUGAGAGCAUGUCAGGUGGCUAUUUACCUAGUAAUGCCUGGUAUAAGCUGGGAGAAGAAGCAGAAAAGUACUUCAGGAGAGCACCUUCUUUUCAUUACAUGUUGGGAUCUUUCAAGUCUGAGCCUCCCAUGCCCAGGCAACGAAUUGAGAGGCAGAGAAAGGCUCCAGGAGGAGAAGAAAAACGGGCAAUGCCUGCUCAGCUAAAAAAAAUGGAGGAGUCUCAUCAAGAAGCUACAGCAAAAGAAGUGGAGAGGAUCUUGGGAUUGUUACAGACUCAUUUUAGAAAUGAUCCUUGUACUCCUAUUUUCUUCUUUGAUCUUGUGGUUGAUCCAAACUCCUUUGCGCGCACUGUGGAAAACAUCUUCCAUGUGUCCUUCAUACUAAGGGAUGGUUUAGCAAGAUUAAAGCUGGAUGAUGAUAAAUUGCCAGUAAUAGAGCCUGUACAGAAUGUUGAAGAAAGAAAUGAUGACCACAGUGCUCGAGCACGGAACCAAGUUGUCAUUUCCCUGAGCCAUGAAGAAUGGAGGGAAAUUGUAGAAACAUAUGAGAUAACAGAACCUAUGAUCAGCCCUCCUAAUAGCGAUGAAAUGGAGACAGCUUAAUUCUUCAAGUGCCUUAAAGAAAAAUACUUAAAAUCCUAACUGAAGAAUACAUUUUUAUCUGUAUAUAUUGUAAUAUUAAAUUUAUUUUUAUUGAAACAUUGGGGUAUUUUAAAGCUGUCUUGUACACACA